UCCUAACUUCCUAAGUAUCGAAUUAAAAUGGAGACUUGUACUAUACUAUGGCUCCUCUACGUCUCGGCCGCGUCUUACGUCCUCUACAAAGUCUUCAUCCGUGGCGGAAACAGCCCAAAGACGAGCUCCAGCAAUGCGCGACGGCCGCCGGGGCCGGCACCAAUCCCUUUCAUCGGCAACAUCUUCCACCUGCAAGGCGAGCCGCACCACGCCCUGGCAAGGCUCGCCGGGGUUUAUGGCCCCGUCAUGUCCUUGAAGCUCGGCACGACCACUGCCAUCGUCGCCUCCUCCGCGUCCGGCGCCCGCGACAUCCUCCACAAGUACGACCACCUACUGGCCGCGCGGUCCAUCACCGACGCCGGGCGCGCGCUGGGAAACCAUGAGCGCUCCAUCGUGUGGCUGCCGUGCACCAGCCCGCUGUGGAAGCGCCUCCGCGCGGUGUGCACCAACCACCUCUUCUCGGCUCGCGGCCUCGACGCGACGCGGGCCGUGCGGGAGAAGAAGGUGAGGGAGCUCGUCGGCAGCCUACGCGCCCACCACGCCGGCGAGGCCGUGGACGUUGGCCGUGUCGUGUUCUCCGGGGUGCUAAACCUCGUGUCCAACGUGCUAUUCUCCGAGGACGUGGCCGACAUGAGCUCGGACCGGGCGCAGGAGCUGGAGGUGCUCAUCAGGGGCAUGGUGGAGGAGUUCACCAAGCCCAACUUGUCGGACCUCUUCCCGGUCCUCUCCGCGCUAGACUUGCAGGGCCGCCGCCGGCGCACCACCCAGUACCUGAGGCGGUUCAAUGACUUCUUCAGCCCGAUCAUCGGCCGCCGUAUGAAAUACGAAGGUGAAAGGAAGGAUGAUUUCUUAGACGUGCUACUCCAGCUUCACUCGGUGGAUCAGCUCAGCCUCGAGGCUCUCAAUUGCUUUCUUUCGGAUUUGUUUGUGUCAGGGGCGGAGACUAAUUCCACCACGGUGGAGUGGACGAUGGCCGAGCUACUCCGGCAACCGGCCGUGAUGUCAAAGGUUCGCGCCGAGUUGCGGGAUGCUCUCGGCUCGAAGCGGCACCCUGAUGAGUCCGACGUCGGCAGGAUGCCGUACCUGCGCGCCGUGGUGAUGGAGACCAUGCGGCUUCACCCGCCGAGCCCGCUACUGAUGCCGCACGAGGCCAUGGCCGAUGGCGCCGAGGUCGGCGGCUUCGCGGUGUCCAAGGGCACCAAGCUGAUCGUCAACCUAUGGGCCAUCAUGCGCGACCCGGCGCUGUGGAAACAACCGGAGGAGUUCAUCCCUGAGAGGUUCCUCGGGGCGGACAUGGAUUUCCGGCGCAAGGAGCAGGGGGAGUUCAUGCCGUUCGGGGCUGGGAGGAGGGCGUGCCCUGGGACGCCCAUGGCGACGAGGGUGGUGACGCUGAUCCUUGCCUCCGUGCUUCACGCGUUUGAGUGGAGACUGCCCAACGGGAUGCUGCCGUGUGACGUGGAUGUUAGGGGCCGGUUUGGCACGUCGCUCAAAAUGGUCACGCCGCUCAGGGCCGUGCCGGUGCCGGUGCCGUUGUUCUAGUAGCUUGGCUAUCUGAUUUCAGGUUGAUUAUUUGAAAACCAUAAUUAGGUGAUAUUAAUUGUGAGACAAGUGAUCACAGUCAUGUAAAAAUACUAAGUGACGCGCGCCAAUGAAGGAUGAAUCUUAAUUUCAGUA